AAACUUAACAACGUGCUUUGUUGCCGGUUCGGAGAAACCGAAAGCAUAUUGUGACAGAACGGUGAUAGAUCAAACAUAAACAUUAAAUAAGAAACAGAUGAUGUAAGGAUUUGAAAUUAUGUAAUGGAUUUUCUAUGGGAAAAGCUCAAAUUGGUGAACCCAAACCACUUUAUAUUUUUGUUGCUAUGUGGUGUCAUCGCUUACCUUUUCCGAGCCAGUGACUCGUACAAUCUGAAACCAGUAUGGAGAAAAAGAAGUGAACCACAUCAUUUCAGAAACAAGAUAUUCCCAACACUUGAGGAUCGUCUCCCUUCACCUAUAAUUACUGACCUGGAUGGCGAUGGAACAAAUGAAAUUCUGCUGAUCACUCAUGACUUUAAGUUAAAUGUCCUGGCUUUACCUGACCCAGUCAGAGAAACUGACGAUGAUGAUACACUUCCUCACAUUGUCAUUAAACAGAAAGCCGUCUUACCAAUUAAUGUCUCAGAGGUCAAUCGACCAGUUGCUAUGGAAACGGGGUUUACUGUUCCUUAUAGUUCGAUGAUGCAGAUAAGAAAACAGAUUGUUGUGGUUGUAACAGAUGAUUGGCAGGUUGUGUGCUACAACCACAAACUGGAGUUACUGUGGCACAAAAGACUGAUGGAUGUUAGUCGUGUAAGGGAGACAUAUACGAUUAAAGCCAUGGGGAUUCUGAUUACAGCCCACAAUGUGAAGAAGAAAGACACGGGACUGGUUAUUGUGGGUGGAAGCUUUACCCACCUACUGCACACCUCACCAAAUGCCGCACCCGAAAAUGGGAGUAAGAUGGAGGAAAAACAUGGAAAUUCUACUGAUGACAAUACACUGAGUCACUUCAGCUCUUUUGCUGUAAGUGCGGCAGACGGCACUGUCAGGUGGCAUCACUUACCCGGGGAUUUUGGAGAAAUAGCUACCAACAUCAAGGAUAUCCAUGGAGAUCAUCAUUGGAAGCUAGCCUUGAAAAGACACAGGCUGCAUGUUGGGGAGGCACCCUGGUCAAUGUAUAAGGAGGAAUUUAACAAUUUUACACCUCACUUGUGGGUAAAUCUUGCUGACACAAAGCUGACAUUAGGGCAAAUUAGAAAAUCAGAAGAGGGCAACCAGCAAGAGCCCCCCUCCUCACACAGACUGGCCUUGACCCCAGAGCAUGUUAUAGGGUAUGCCUAUGGUGGACAUCGACCUCACAGUAAUCAUGAGCAUGUGGAAAAUCCUAAUGCUGUUGUUAUCCACACCCAUAAUGGUAUAGAAGUCCUGAACCUUUUGAGUGGUCAGCCAAUCACAGAGCUCCGUCUGCCGGGGGAUGGGGCAGUGUAUCUAGACAUUGAUUCAGAUGGAGAAAUAGAGCAGAUCCUCUGGGGUCAGCAGGAUGACUAUAGUCCGUGUUACGUUGAGAUCUGGCGGAUUAAUCCAGUAAAGGAAAGGCUAGAGCAGAUUCCAGUUUGUCGGAUCACUCGUUUGUUCUUCACUUCCUCGUGGGCCUAUGAUGAAGAUAACCUUAAAAAGAUACCUCCAGUUAUUUUAAAAAGUGUUGCAAGGAAAACAGGACUUAUAAGAUACUUGAUGGGUCACCAUCUGCCCAAAUUCUCGCAUAAAUUUGACAUCGUCACAUUUGGAGGAGUGGGCAGAGUCUCUUCCUGGGACCGGGAAGGAAAUGCAAAUUGGCAGGCUGCUACAUCAGCUAACUGGGCCAGGGCUUCAACAGACAUGAAAAAAGGCAAAGAAACGGAUCCCUCAUCUUACAAACAAUUUAUGGAGGAGUUCUGGCCUAGUCGAGUUCUCAUGUCUAUACCUGUGUAUGGACAGAAGAAUGUGGUGGCCCUGAGUGGUUACUCUGAGUUUGUCCUGAUAGACCUGGUGAAUGGUAACCUCCUGGCAGAACACUCCCUUCCCUGCCACCCCACAGCUCCCCUCAUUGUGGGCGACUUUGAUAAUGAUGGAAUCAAUGAUGUUGUAGUCACGUGCAGUCUUGGGUACAUAGGAUUUUCUCUGCAUCACAAGACAAACCACAUCUUUACUGCCCUGUAUGGACUGACAGUGUUUAGUCUCAUUAUCCUCCUUAAUUGGUUGUGCUCACCUCAGUCAUUUUAUGGAGAGGAUGAAGAGGAAGAUCUCAGUGAUGAUGAAGGCAAUGAUGACUGAAAUGAUGAUAAUGAUGAUGAAAGUGAGAACAUAGUUAAAGUGGAAGAAGACGCAGGUUGUAAGACAUUAAGACAGAGAAUGAUAUGGAGUCGUGAGGGAAAUUCAUUUGUGUGAUGUUAUUUGCAAUUUAACUACCAGCAGGACAGUGCAACCAGAAAGAGAGAGAGAGAUUGUGUGAGAAAAUCACCGUGCUAGGAGACAGUACAGUUACAAGAAGACAUGUCUCAUGCUUGUUUAGCUCACCUGAGCUGAAAGAUCUGAUCAAAGUUUGUCCAUCAUCUUCUUCAUCAAAACCACAGGACCAAUAAACUUAACUUGGUACAAGGUAUCCUUAUAUCAAGGAAGUUCAAAUCUAAUCAAAUGAAGGACCAAACCUUUGAAGGGGAGAUAACUAUGAAAAUAGUAAAAGGAAGAUGGAGCCAUUUAAAGCAAGUCUUCUCAAGAACCACUGGGCCUUAUAAAAACUUAAAAAAUAAUCACCUCCUUAUAUAAUGUGGUGGCAUUCCAUUUUUUAAAAAAUUAUGACCCCAGAGAUCAAGAUAAGGUCAUAAGAGAAGUUAAAAUUUAUAUGGAUCAAACCUUUUAAUCAUAAUAUCUACAAUAUGUCCAAACAAUAUGCAAGUACCCCCCUGUGGAUUCAAGUUUGUUGAAGUCAGGUUGGGGCCACAGUCAAUCUAAUCAAAAUUAGAUCCUUUGAUCCGUUAGUAGGUGAGUGGAUCAAAGAAUCUAAUUUUGAUUAGAUUGGGGCCACAGUACAGUAGGGACUGAACAUUUUACAUAGAAAUGGAAAUUAUAGGAAAAUGUCUUUUGAAAAGUUUUCUAAUGGUAACACUAAAAUUUGUAAAUACGAUAUGCAUGCCUCCUCCUGUAGUAUAGAUUCAACGCAGUUACAUUAGAGGACAACCACUCCUCAGUCACGGAAUCAAGACCACACAGACAUAUAUUACAUUAGAGAACAACCACUCCUCAGUCACAGAAUCAAGACCACACAGACAUAUAUUACAUUAGAGGACAACCACUCCUCAGUCACAGAAUCAAGACCACACAGACAUAUAUUACAUUAGAGGACAACCACUCCUCAGUCACAGAAUCAAGACCACACAGACAUAUAUUACAUUAGAGGACAACCACUCCUCAGUCACAGAAUCAAGACCACACAGACAUAUAUCACAUUAGAGGACAACCACUCCUCAGUCACAGAAUCAAGACCACACAGACAUAUAUUACAUUAUAGGACAACCACUCCUCAGUCAGGAAAUCAAGACCACACAGACAUAUAUUACAUUAGAGGACAACCACUCCUCAGUCACAGAAUCAAGACCACACAGACAUAUAUUACAUUAGAGGACAACCACUCCUCAGUCACAAAAUCAAGACCACACAGACAUAUAUCACAUUAGAGGACAACCACUCCUCAGUCACGAAAUCAAGACCACACAGACAUAUAUCACAUUAGAGGACAACCACUCCUCAGUCACGAAAUCCACACCACACAGACAUAUAUCACAUUAGAGGACAACCACUCCUCAGCCACGAAAUCCACACCACACAGACGUGUAUUUCUCAAACCAUCAAAAUUUUGACUUAAAGAAAAUAACUGAUAACUCACGAAAAAAAUCUUCUCAAGAACAAGAAGCAUCUUCAUGUAGUGUAAGGAUAAUUUCAUUAAAAACCUGGGUCCUAGAGACUUAAAUGGGGACAGCAAGAGGAGUUCUGUAUUACAUAAGAUUGUUUGGGGAAAUGUUAUAUAAAAGAAAAAUUCUUAAGAACAUUGGUAAAUCAUAUGUAUGCAUCCUUAAAUAAUUUAGAUUAAAUAUUUUUUUUAACAAACCAUGCCUCCCUUUCCCAGGGCAAAUGGAGUAACUAUGAAAAUGCAGUAAAUGUUUACGCUGGAAUUCUUUUAGAAUCAUCUCUUCAACGAGUUGACGAUAUGAUCAGACAACAUGAUACUCAAACACGUAUAAUGCUAGGUAGUAUACUAGCUUCAGUUUGGUUUGAAAUUUGAACUUCUAGGCCAGAGUUGACCUGUAGUAGAGAUCCCCAAAAUAUUUUGUGGGAAUUUUUAAAACCUUUCCAUUUAUAAUAAAGUAAUUAGUUUGUCAAAAUAGUAUACAAACUAUCUGUAGUGUAUGUAGAUAUUCAAUGACAAAUCUUCAAUACAAUUGUUGUUCAGCCAUUCAGUUUUCUAGUAUAUGAAUCAUUUGUUUUUAUGAAUAAGGUGAUUCAUUGUGGUCCAUGGACCUAUUUUUUAAUAUGUUUUGUAAAAAAAAUUGUAAUACAUGUACUUACCUUUGGGCUAAGUAAAGUGGCAUUUCAUCUGAUACUGCAUUAUGACUUUUUGAGGAAAAAAUUUAAUAAAACAUUCCUGAUUACUGUUAUUAUCACUCAGCACUCACUAGUCUUACUUAUGUCAAUCAAUAAAUUAUGAAAUAUACUGGAAAUAAGCAAUGAGAUUCGGUGCCUUUUAGAACUAAUGUGUGCAUAUAGUAUUAGUAAUGAUAAACACACAUUUUGCAGUCAUUUUUGAAAACAAGAAAAUGUAUUUCUGUUAACUUGAACUAACACAAAAACCAAUCUGGGUUUUUUUUCCAGAGAUUUUUAAUCAUCCUUGAUUAAAACACUAGAGAUUUG